UUCGGCUAGGGGAUUGGCUCUAGCUCCAUUGUCCCUCCCCCUGUCCUUCAAUAAAGUCUCUGCAAAAGCCCUUAGAGCCUGUGUUGCUCCACAGGAAGCCAAGAAACAGAAACAGGAAAAGGAGCUUAGCUGCUGGUGCCGGCAAGAUGGAAACGAACUUCUCUACUCCUCUGAAUGGAAGUGAAGAAGUUUCCCAUGAGUCUGCUGGCUAUGCUGUUCUGCGGAUCCUCUCAUUGGUGGUGGUUGGGGUCACCUUUGUCCUCGGGAUCCUGGGCAAUGGGCUUGUGAUCUGGGUGGCUGGAUUCCGGAUGACACGCACAGUCACCACCAUCUGUUACCUGAACCUGGCCUUGGCUGACUUUUCUUUCACUGCCACGCUACCGUUCCUGAUGGUCUCCACGGCCAUGGAAGAAAAAUGGCCUUUUGGCUGGUUCCUGUGUAAGCUGAUUCACAUCGUGGUGGACAUCAACCUCUUUGGGAGUGUCUUCUUGAUUGCUUUCAUUGCACUGGACCGAUGCAUUUGUGUCCUGUAUCCAGUCUGGGCCCAGAACCACCGCACCGUGAAUCUGGCCAUGAAGGUGAUCAUGGGACCUUGGAUUCUUGCCCUAGUCCUUACCUUGCAAAUUUUCCUCUUUUUGACUACAGCGACUCUUCCAAACGGGGACACAUACUGUACUUUCAACUUUGUGUCCUGGGCUAAUACCCGUGAGGAGAGGUUAAAGGUGGCCAUUACCAUCCUGACAGCCAGGGGGAUUAUCCGGUUUGUUAUUGGCUUUAGUAUGCCCAUGUCCAUUGUUGUCAUCUGCUAUGGGCUCAUUGCAGCCAAGAUGCAUAAAAAGGGCAUGAUUAAAUCCAGCCGUCCCUUACGGGUCCUCACUGCUGUGGUGGCUUCUUUCUUCAUCUGUUGGUUCCCCUUUCAACUGGUUGCCCUUCUGGGCACAGUCUGGCUCAAAGAGAUGUUGUUCUUUGGCAAAUACAAAAUCCUUGAAGUCCUGAAUAACCCAGCGAGUGCUCUGGCCUAUUUCAACAGCUGCCUCAACCCCAUGCUCUAUGUCUUUGUGGGUCAGGACUUCCGAGAGAGACUGAUCCACUCCCUACCCACUAGUCUGGAGAGGGCCCUGUCUGAGGACUCAGCCCCAACCAUUGACACGGCUACCAAUUCUACUUCACCUUCUGCAGAGGUUGAGUUACAGACAAUGUGAGGAUGGAGUCAGGGAUCUUUUGAGUUCUGUCUCAUCCUACCUUAAUGCCAGUUCCAGCCUCAUCUACUCUUGAGUCAUAUUGAGGCACUGAAGGAUGAGCAGCUCAGGUAUUUAUUCAGGAAAAAUGCUGUUGCGUCCCUGAUUUGGAGCUAAGAAAUAGACAGUCCGUCUACUAUAAUAUUAGUAUUAUUUUUGGUUUUUGGACCUCUGCCUGUACUCCGGGGUAAGUGGAGAUGGAAAACAUGAGAAGAGAAAGAAUGAUGGAGAUUUGUAAGAGUUAGAUAAGAUAGCGUAUAAUAAGGGGAAGACUUUAAAGUAAAACAUUUAUACCAUAAAGUAAAAUGUUUGCUGUAGGGUUUUUUAAUAGCUAUUUCAAAAAAUCAAACUAUGGAAGUUUUCUUCUAUUUUUAGUUUGCAAAGAGUUUUCUGUUUUUCUUAUAUCAUGAAUAGAGGUUGCAUUUUAUCAAAUGCAUUUUCUACAUAUAUUACGAUGAUCAUAUUAUUAUUCUUUCAUGUAAAUCAUUAUAAAUUAUGUUCAUUAAGUUCUGAAUGUUAAAGUACUCUUGAAUUCCUGGAAUAAACCACACUUAGUCCUGAUGUACUUUAAAUAUUUAUAUCUCACAAGAGUUGGUUAGAAUUUCUGUGUUUAUGUUCAUAUAAAGAUGGCUCUGUUAUCUCACUUUUUUCUACUAUCCUUGCUAAGUUUUACAUUAAACUUGUAAUAGUCUCUUAAAAGGAAUUGAGAAGUGAUUUCUCUUGAUUCUAUUUUCUGGUGGUAUACCCUUAUUAAAUAUUCAGAAAAAUUCACCAG